AUGCCCAGAAACACAUUGUACGUGACUGGAUUCACAAGAGAAUCAAAGGCUGUUGAUUUGGCACCUGAAUUUGAAAAGUAUGGUGAUUUAGUCAGAUUAGAUAUUCCUCCACCAAGAACAUCUGAUGGAGAGAAGUUUGCAUUUGUUGAAUAUAAAGAUGCUGAAAGCUGUGAACGUGCUUUGGAUAUGGACCGUAAAGAUUUCCCAUUCACACUUCCUGGUGGGUUAGUUGUGCAAGUCGCCAAAUCUGACCCAUUCCCCGCUAGAGAGAGAGGUGGAUUUAGAGGAAGGGGUGGAUAUGGAUACGGACGUGGUGGCCCAGGCGGUGGCCCAGGUGGCGGCUACGGUCGUGGAAGAGACGGCUACGGAUAUGGUGGUGGAAGAGGUUACGACGAUGGAUACGGAAGAGGUUACGGCGGUGGUUACGGUGGAGAUAGAAGAGGUGGUGGAUAUGGAGGCUACGGAGAUAGAAGAGGUGGUGGAUAUGGAGGAUACGGUGGUGGUGGUGGUGGUAGAGGUUACGACGAUGGAUACGGAAGAAGAAGUGGCGGUUUCUCCUCCGGUGGUAGAGGUGGAAGAGGUGGUUAUGGCGAUUACAGAGGUAGCCGUGAUGGUAGUCGCGAACCACGUGAUGGCUAUAGAGGUGGAGGAGGACCAGAUCGUGGAUACGGCAAUGGUGGUGGUAGUGGUCAUUUCGAAGAUAGAGAGUACAGAAGAGGCAGCGACACAUAUGAACGUGAGCCUAGGAGUGAAGAGAGGGGCAGAUACAGCAGAUCUCCAUCUAGAUCUCCUGUCAGAAGAGACAGAUCAAGAUCACCUGGCAUGUAG